GGGGUGAUUCCACAGUGCGUGGCGAGCCCCUCUGUGCCCUUCCUGCGCGGCCGUCCCGGGCUGCGAGUCCGUGGUUCCUAGCCCGUUCUCCUGGUCUCCGCUUGGCCCUCAGUUUCCUUUGUGUCUGUCCUGAUCCCAGUAGUCUGGAGCAGGUGUUCCCAAACAGCCUGGGAAGCAGUGGGGCAGCCAUGGCGCUGUUGAUUGGAGAUGGCCUGUGGUCUGUGGUCAUAUUCACGGCCAUCUUCCUGCUUCUGGUGGACCUGAUGUACCGACGAAAGUUCUGGACAGCCCGCUACCCUCCAGGCCCUGUGCCAUUACCUGGGCUGGGCAACCUGCUGCAGGUGGACUUCGAGAACAUGCCAUACUGUUUGUCCAAGCUUCGACAACGCUAUGGUGACGUGUUCAGCCUGCAGAUGGCCUGGAAGCCCGUGGUUGUGAUCAAUGGACUGAAGGCGGUUCGGGAAGUGCUGGUGAACUGUGGAGAGGACACCUCUGACCGCCCUCCAAUGCCCAUCUAUGAUCACAUGGGCUUUGGGCACAAAUCUAAAGGUGUUGUCUUAGCACCUUAUGGACCCGAGUGGCGAGAGCAGCGAAGAUUCUCUCUGACCACCAUGCGAGACUUCGGCCUGGGCAAGAAAUCCCUGGAACAGUGGGUGACGGAGGAGGCUGGCCACCUCUGUGAAGCCUUGGCCAAGGAAGCUGGACAACCUUUUAAUCCCAUCACCCUCCUGAAAAAAGGUGUAUGCAAUGUGAUUUCAUCCCUCAUCUAUGCCCAUCGCUUUGAGUAUGAAGACCCUUUCUUUAACAAGCUGCUCAAAAUAUUACAGGAAAGUUUGGGAGAGGAUUCUGGCUUCAUUGCUGAGGUGCUGAAUGCUGUCCCAGUGCUUCUUCGCAUCCCUGGCCUGCCUGGCAAAGCCCUCCCCAAGCUGACCGAGUUCAUAGACUCACUGGAUAAGAUGUUGAUUGAUCACAAGACAUCCUGGGACCCCGCCCAGCCUCCCCGAGACCUGACAGAUGCCUUCCUGGCUGAGAUAGAGAAGGCCAAGGGGAAUCCCGAGAGCAGCUUCAAUGAUGGGAACCUGCGUGUGGUGGUGGCUGACAUGUUCAUGGCAGGGACAGUUACCACCUCUACCACACUGUCCUGGGCCCUGCUGCUCAUGAUCCUGCACCCGGAUGUGCAGAGCCGCGUCCAACAGGAGAUUGAUGAAGUCAUAGGGCAGGGGCGGCAUCCAGAGAUGGCAGACCAGGCCCGCAUGCCCUACACCAAUGCUGUCAUUCAUGAGGUCCAGCGAUUUGCAGACAUUGUCCCAGUGAAUAUACCACACAUGACAUCCCGCGACAUUGAAGUACAGGGCUUCCUCAUCCCCAAGGGAACGACCCUCAUCCCCAACCUGUCCUCCGUGCUGAAGGAUGAGACUGUCUGGGAGAAGCCCCUCCAGUUCCAUCCUGAACACUUCCUGGAUGCCCAGGGCCGCUUUGUGAAGCAUGAGGCCUUCAUGCCAUUCUCAGCAGGCCGCAGAGCAUGCCUGGGGGAGCCUCUGGCCCGCAUGGAGCUCUUCCUCUUCUUCACCUGCCUCCUGCAGCGCUUUAGCUUCUCGGUGCCUGACGGACAGCCCCGGCCCAGCGACCAUGGCAUCUACGCAUUGCCAGUUACCCCAAUCCCCUACGAGCUCUGUGCAGUCGUGCGCUAGCAAGAACAGCAGCUCCAACCUUCUCCCAAGCUUGUGCUAAUUGAUGUCCAAUAAACCUGUUCUGUGGCUGCCACUCUU